CACGUUCUUCCACCAAACGAUACCUCUCGCAAUGCUGCGGCCGCCUCGGGCCAUGCGAGGACUGGCGCUUGUGGUGUUCCUUGCAACAUGGAUGCAUCAUGCAACCUCCUCGCAUCUAGAGUUCCUUCCGGUUGAUGCGUACUUGUCAUGUACAGAAGAUACAUCGAUCGCCGUGUCUAGCAUCCAACUCUCGUCCACCGACGCCCCGACCACACCCGUCUACGUCCUGAUCGCGGCCAAGCAUGGUUCGUUCAGUGUUCCUUUCACCUCUUGGAAUCGCGCGAACGUUGUCUGCGACGGGCAUUCCUCAGAUGCCACCACCCAACCCACUCCUUCCACGACCCCAGUUCGUACACCCAUGUUGUUAUUUGAAGCCACGCUCGCCACGGCCAACGACAUCCUACGCAGCUUGACCUACCAGCCGGACCGCGACUACAACUUUGAUUGGGCGGGUGAUGGCACGUCGACAUUGUGCAUGCAUCCUCAACAGUCUCUCGAGUCCAUCCAUGUUGAAGCGAUUGAAUCUACCUUGUUGUCCACGCCGUUGUUGACAUCAUCGUGCACCGCGUCGCAACCCAUGACGUUGGAUCUGCAAGCCGUCACACUGGAUUGGCCCGUGUCCGUCGCGGCGGUGAACGACCCACCCACGCUGUCACAUAUUCCCCCUUCGAUGCUUCUAGUUGCCGUCAAGAAUUCCAAUUAUUCUUGCGCACGCCUUCCAUCGUCCAUCUCCAUCGACGACAUCGACGUGAAUGAAGUGCCGUACGGGGGCCACAUGUCUGUCGUCCUAGACAUCGUACCUCUUGGCGCUGCGUUGAUGACCGUAGAUCGCAUCCAAGCCGUAGGAAACGUCAUCUCAGCGACGGAUUUAACUAGUGGAGGAGGUAUCGCCUCGAGUUUCACCAACUCGACCCACGUUGUGGCGUCCAAAGUGCAGCUUGAAGGCACCAUGGCCUCUCUCAACCAGUUCCUUCCACAGGUCUUGGUGUGCGGAUCGACCAACGCCACAUUGACCAUCACAGUGUCGGACAAUGGCGGGUGCGGGGCUCUACAGUCUUUACAUGUGACAGCGUCUCUCCAAGUGAUCGUACCUACUCGUCGAUCGUCCUCUGUCCCAACCACCCCGUCCAACUCCGCUGCUCGCCAUCCAUUUUCAGUAGAUGGGUUGCCAGUGGUCGUGCCAGACGCGACCGUCGCCACGUCGCAGGUGGCGUCCACUACGUUAGUUCAACUGACGGCGUUUCCGACUCCUGCGACAGCGUUCAAAUCGCGGCAACGUCAAGUGACCCAAGUUACAAUCUCCCCAAUUUUCAAUCCGUCGGUGGUCGUGCUAUCGAUCGUGCCUCGAGGAACCGGUCCCGUGACUGGUCAGUUCCAGCUCACAGUGCUGUUUCACGACGUAUCCUGUGUCACACAACCCAUCGCGUACCCUGUCACAGGCGCUGGACUCGAAGCAACAUUUACCGAAGUGCAAACCCGAUGUGGGGCGGCAACUUUUCCGCAAUUUCAAACCGUCUCGUUUCGCUUUCCCAUUCCAGCAGCGCUCGUACAACCCACCGACGGAACCAUGGUGUGGAGCGUCGGCAGCAACCCACGCACGGUCGUCUUGUCAAUCGCAGCAUCCCCAGCAGCCAUCCAAUCGGCGCUUCGUGCUGCCACCGGGUCCAACGCUAUUGUUGUGGUCAAAAUGGAUGGUGGGGAUGCGUUUACGUCGACCUUUCAAGUGCAGGGCAUCGCUGGUACGUCUAUUGUAUCGGUGCCCGUGGUCCAAUGGUGGAAGAGCAACGGGACGGUGGCGUCCACUGUGACCCCAUCCGCUAGUGUUCAAGCGUGGGCGCUUCCGAUUGUAGCAGGGUGCCAUAAUGCAAACGUGUGCACGUUGCAGUUUCUGAACGAUGACGUGCCAGCCGUGAUGCUGUGGUCGAAUGCUCUAGUGGAUCAUUCGGCGAACGUUCCGCCAGAAGGCAACAACGGGAUCGUUGUCGUGCGCCCAGAGAUUCAGCUUGUGGUGCCACCGCCGACCCGUGCUUAUCAAUUGUUUGCAAACGAUGUACUGGUGAAUACCACGGAUGCACAGUGGGGAUGGCAGCAUCGUGUGGACGAUGGGGUAGUAAUGGACACUGUGUCGCAUAUAUCGACAACGUCCUGGACAAUUACGUACACGAGUGCCAGUCCCAUGCGAUUUCGGGUGGAGCCGCGUGGUUUGUACACUGUCACAGCCGAAUUGAUUGCCGCCGUCGACGUGAUGGCACUCACAUUAUCCGUGGACAACCAACCCCCCAGGGCAUUCCAAUGGCCACUAGACCACGCAGAGGUCGUACAGUCAAGGCAAAAUCACAAAACCGCCGGGCCAAUCAAGGCAGCGCCUCGGUUACGCUAUGCCGGAAGCCAGGCGGCUCCAUCGUUGACCGUCCGUCCAGGGCAGUCGCUCCGCAUUGAAUUAGAACUGGUCGACAUAAUUGCGACAACGAAUGGACAGGAUCAGCCGAUCGAAAUGCACUUGGACGCCAAGAUUGGGUGGUUGGCGUGGGACCUGGCUACGCGGUACCGCGUACAGUACACGGUCGGGUCGCUGGCCGGCGGGCGGACGCUGGUUGUCGCGAGUUCGCUAGACAACUUGCAACAGGCGCUCCAUGGUCUUUACUACACGGCACCGGCGUCUUACUAUGGCCCCGACACGCUCACGUUUCGAAUCGGGGGGCUACAUGAUGAUGCUACCGCCGCCACAGCCCCCCUCCAAGUCCAAGUGGACGUGCCGCUGGUGCUGCUGCCUCCAGAAAUCACAUCCGCUUCCCGUUUGUCGUCCAACUUACGAGCUGUGGAAGACACCGCGCUGAUGUUCACAGGGCUGUUUCACGUGCAUUUUUCACCCACAACGCCCUCCACAUGUUCGUCGACGCUGGUGGUGACGAUGAUCACACAGUCGGGACGUAUGCUGACCAGGCAAAACGACUUGGUCCGUCCUAGACCGCCAAAUGUAGAUAUGUUUAAUACUCCGCACCUAGAGUUGCUCAGCAACGACCCAGUGCUUGGCGUGGAUAUGGACGACGUCGUCUACCUACCAAACCCGAAUUUUGCGGGAGUGGACACCCUGGCCAUCCACGCGGUUCAAGUCACAACGUGCGGGGUCGUCAAUGUAACCGCCGAGGCUUUCCGACACGUGUGGAUUCUCGUCGAGCCCGUGGCAGAUGCUUUGGAACUGCACUGGUCCAACUCUACUUUUCAUGUCGCUGCUCCUCUUUCGACUUCGUCUGCGACGCUGCUUCCGCCUGUGACGCUGUCGGCAGCGGACGCCCAGUUUGCCUUGUUCUCCAACUCGUACGCCGUAGAAGUGACCGCGAUGGCCACAGUUGGUACCGUGUUCUUUGCAUCCAGCAAUCCACCGAGGAAUGUCGUCGUGUGUUCGGUUCACGAGGCACCUACCUUCCUCCGCCAACUCAUGUACACCCCUAGUAAUAGUUCUGCGACAGCGUUCGAUCUCCUAUCGGACCUUGUCGUUGUGACGGCGCGACCGUUCGGAUCGGUUGAUCCGCCUGUGCAGGUCACGUUGAACGUGCCCAUCCCGCCAUCGAUCAAUCAUCCUGCCGAGUGUGCAUCGUUUUCAGCGGUCCAUGUUGGUGUUCAAGAAGACUUGGUGACAGAGCUAACAUCUUUCAUCAAGUAUCCUCCUCGUCCGAGGGGUAUUACUGUCGUGGCCUCUGUGAAAACCGGCUGGCUGAGUGUGGAUGGCCCAACCAACUUUACCAAUCGCGUCAAGCAAGUGGUAGUCGAUACCCCCCGCCGCCUUUUUUACCAGCCUGGCGUGAACUUUGCCGGCCAAGACAAGCUACAGCUCUCGUGUCGGGAUGGCCAAGUCGUAACUUUCACGUCGACGUUGCCUGUGACAGUGCACGCGGUCAACGACGUUCCGACGUGGGAUGCCGUCGCCACCAACAUCACGGUGCAGUCGGGCACUUUAAACGGUGUGUGCAAUUUGUGGGCUCUUCGCGAUGUAGACGCUUCCAGUCGGUCGGUGUACCGUGUCGUGUUAACUGUGUACGGGGGACAGAUCACACUGCCGACGUUUCUUCCUGGCAUGUACGUCGAGACACUGAACCAAAUCGACAAGCAAGAGCACGUGCUAAGGGGGUCAUUGGAUCACCUAAAUUCGUUAUUUACAUCGUGCGAAAUGACAUUUGCAGCAACACCAACAUACCACCUCUCGCCACUACACUCGGAGGCCCCGACCACGAAUAGCCGGCUUGUGAUUUGUGUCGAAGAACUUCUCAGCCUCCCCAAUGAAGUAUCAGCCCCGCAAAUCGACCCGCAGUGUGCGUCAGUGCUGUUGGAUAUUAACUACUAACAUUAAGUAGUAGUACACUUGCUCGUUCUGGC